ACAACGAAGAACAAGAACUAGCGGAGCGAGGAUGUCCAUGCUCGCUGAACCCCGCAGGAAGCAGAAGUGGUCGGUGGACCCCAGGAACAGCGCCUGGAGCAAGGAUGAGUCCAAGUUUGGCCAGAAGAUGCUGGAGCGAAUGGGCUGGUCCAAGGGCAAGGGGUUGGGAAGAACUGAGCAAGGCUCCACGGACCACAUCAAAGUAAAGGUUAAAAACAAUAACUACGGCCUCGGCACCAACGCCAGUCAGGAGGAUAACUGGAUUGCUCACCAAGAUGAUUUCAAUGAGCUUCUUGCUCAGCUGAACAGCCAUCACAGUCAAAACACUGGCAGUGAAGCUCAUCCAGAGGAGAAGGAAGGCUUCAGCUUGGAAGAAAAGUCCAAGACCUCCAAAAAGAGGGUCCAUUACAUGAAGUUCACUAAAGGAAAGGAUCUAUCUUCCCGUAGUGAGACGGACCUUAACUGUAUCUUCGGGAAGAGAGGAAGACCUAUUAAAGAGCAAGAGCAGGAAAGCAGCAGCAGUGAUUCUCAGGGUGAAACGGAGGAGAAUGGGACUCCUGCUGCUCCCGUACUGGACACAGAGUCGAUCACGAAGACUGUAAAAAGUAGCCUGAACAUGCAGGAGUAUUUUGCACAGCGAAUGGCUCAGCUGAAGAAAGGUCGUGGAGCCCAGAGCACAGCAGCGUCCCCCGCUGAGGCCAGCACGUCGCCCGGUCCACCUGAGGAACCUUGUUCAGUCCACAGCGAAAGCAACGAUACAGAAGAACCCAAAAAGAAAAGAAAGAAGAAGAAGAAGAGCAAAAAGCCUGCAGAGGAAGUGGAAGAGGAGGAAUGCAGCACACCCGUUGUUGUUGUGGAGGAGCAAGAAAAUCCGGAGCAGGAAAAGUGCUCAAGGAAGAAAAAGAAGAGAAAAAUGGCCGAAAACCACUGCGAUGCAAAUGAGAACAGUAGCCCCACUGAUGUUCUGGAGGUGAACUGCGAACAAGUGGCUCCCUCAAAGAAAAAGAAGCUUAAAAAAAACAGAGGUGAAAUAUUAAACGGACACGAUCUCGCCGAGGAUGAAACUGCUGAGUUGGAAGUUGUACCGAACACGAACGUCAGCGAACAGGAGGACGGUGUAGUAACCAAAGAUAAAGACGAGCCGCGGGAAAAGAAAUGUAAAAAGAAGAAAAAGAAGAGAAAAAAUCAGGAUUAGGGAAGAGUUGAGGGCAAAGUUAAAUCUUUGAGCUGUCCAGACAACUAUGUACGCCUUAAUGGAGUGUGAAGACAGAUAACUGCUGCAUGAAACAUGAACUCAUCUGUUAAACCUCAGAGCUGUUCAUUCCAGUUGUAGAAUUAUUUUAUUGGACUCUGCGAGCUAAGUGCUAAAAUGAAAUGAACUCUUCCUUUAAUCUACUUGAAGAAUUUGUAUAUUUCCACAUGAGCAAAACUUUAUUACCAAACAUCAAAGUUCAGAUAUUACUCCGACUAAUGCUUUUUUUUUCUUUUUCUUUCCAAGUUGUGAAAUUCAUUCAAUGAUGUCUGAUUUUCAAUGUUGUCACUAUAGACACCUACACCUACAUUACUAUUUGUUUAGGUGAUAUAUUGCAGUGGAUUUUUGCCCUGUUCAUUAAACAGAUGAUGGAUAAUUUUUGUCAGUUCUGCAAAAAAAAAACAACCUGAAGCUUACAGAAUUAAGUGGGACUUUUCAUUCUUUAGAGAAAAAUAAUUCAUGUUAACAUUUCAAGGUUUUGGAAAUGAGAUGCACUUUGGUGCUUCACCUGGAUCACACCUAAAAAUGUUUUUAUUUUAAAGAAAUCUAUGAAAAUGCAAGUUUGACUAUUUCUGUUCUCAGAUGGGAAAUAA